UUUCUGAAUUGUUUAAAGAAUCCAAAUUGCUUGAAGUUUCUGAAUUCCUCAAAGGUAAAGUUCCAACAUUAUUUAUUAAUAAUAAUAAUACAUCUUCUUUUUGUUGCUGUGAUGGUCAUGCAUAA